UUGAAACGAAUGGUUUCUAUACGAUAUAGAAACUAGAAGGCGAGCUAUUUUAACGUGUUUUGUUUAGAAUCUGUGUUUUGUUUUUUGUUUAAAUCUUUUUUUUCUUUAAUUUAUUUUGAUAAUGUAACGUACGCACGCUUGGCGGUUGAUUGUAACGAUUACGUUUUAUCCAGUCGGUUUAGUUUCGAUGAGGUUGUACGGUAUCCCCUUGUUUUCAGUGUGAACUAGUUAAAAUAGUAUAUAACCUCUCCAGGACGAGCAGACUGAAGUGGAUGGGUGGAUGAGCUAGAAAGAAUGAAACUUUUACGGAUAGUUCACCGAUAAACAUUUUUAAAGCGUUUUAGAGGUCCUGGUUUUGUCACGAAGUUUCUUUUGCCCUUUCAAAUUGAAGGUGUACAGAAAUGCUUUUCCGUAUAUUUCUUCUAUACCAACUUGUCUCGUACGGAUUAAGUAGAUGUACAAGAAAGUUAUUACAUAUGAAAAACACAGAACAGGAAUCCAACAAUGUUUUUGCGAACGAAGACGAGGCAAACGCGUUCUUGGGGCGCCACCUGUUGUUCAACCGCUUUGAUUUCGAGCUAUUUACUCCGGGGAAUCUGGAAAGGGAGUGCUAUGAAGAGCUCUGCAACUUUGAAGAGGCACGAGAAGUCUUUGAAGAUACUGCAAAAACAGAAGUUUUCUGGAAACUGUACAUAAAAGGACAACUAGGAGACUCGAACGCUCAGAAGGUGGACGUCACUGCUCUUCUAACAGGCCUCAUUGCUGCUGGAGUCUCUCUAGUCAUCAUUGGGCUGCUUUUUUGGUACUUCUGUCACAGGAGGUGCAAGCCCAACAGCCCCCCCGGCUCUUCUAGGGGCCACGCCAGUCGAAGCAACGCGUCCCUGAUUAUGAGGAGACUAGAAGAGACAUCUCUGCAGCCUGUACUUCCCCCUGCUGGGGAGCCAUGUCCAGGCCUACCUUCCUAUGAACAGGCCAUUGCCAAACCCGGACAGCACGAUGCACCCCCUCCGCCGUACCCAGGAUCCCGUACAGCAAGCAUACAACGAUAAAAUCAGGAAUGGCCUUUUGAAUUUUUGGAAUUUUUCAGUCUUCCAUAUAUUUUUCUCACCGAUUAUUCACUAUAAGAAUGAAUACGUUAUAUCUUGUUCUUGAAGUCUUCAGUGUUCUAAAAGUUUUUGUUUAUCAUUUAAAUAAAGCUCAAAUGGCACUUUCAAGCUA